UCCUCCGGGCGCCGGGUGCUGCCAUGUGACCGGCUUCAAGGUGGAGAACUGGAAGCAGAACCUCAGGUCAUCUACCAUGCUUUCGUCUGGAGCGGAUCCGCAGAGACCAGGAAGAGGAAGGCGAAGUCGUGCAUCUGUCAUAUGUGUGGUGCGCAUCUGAAUAGACUCCAUUCUUGCCUAUAUUGUGUCUUCUUUGGCUGUUUUACGAAGAAGCACAUACACGAGCACGCAAAGGCAAAGCGACACAACUUAGCCAUAGACCUUUUGUAUGGGGGUAUAUACUGCUUUAUGUGUCAAGAUUACAUAUACGACAAAGAUAUGGAACAAAUUGCCAAAGAAGAACAACGGAAAGCUUGGAAGCUACAAGCCUUCACCCCAACAAUGGUUUCUCACUACCAGUGUACAAUGACAGGUAUUGGAGAGAAGUAUUCAACAUGGGAACCAACCAAACGAGAGUUAGAGCUGCUUCGACACAACCCCAAGCGGAGAAAAAUAACUACAAACUGCACCAUAGGUCUAAGAGGGCUCAUCAACCUUGGGAACACAUGUUUUAUGAACUGUAUUGUCCAAGCACUUACCCACACUCCACUACUGCGAGAUUUCUUCCUCUCUGACAGACACAAAUGUGAAAUGCAAAGCCCCAGCUCAUGUCUGGUCUGUGAAAUGUCUACGCUUUUUCAGGAGUUCUACUCUGGGCACCGAUCUCCUCACAUUCCAUAUAGGUUAUUGCACCUGGUAUGGACGCAUGCACGGCAUUUAGCAGGGUACGAGCAACAGGAUGCGCAUGAGUUCCUCAUUGCUGCAUUAGAUGUGCUACAUCGACACUGCAAAGGUGACGAUAAUGGGAAGAAAGCCAACAACCCCAACCACUGUAACUGCAUCAUAGACCAAAUCUUCACAGGUGGACUACAGUCUGAUGUCACUUGCCAAGUCUGCCAUGGUGUUUCCACAACGAUAGAUCCGUUCUGGGACAUCAGUUUGGACUUGCCAGGUUCCUCUACCCCAUUUUGGCCUCUGAGCCCAGGCAGCGAUGGCAGUGUGGUCAAUGGGGAGAGCCACGUGUCAGGAACCACCACCCUCACAGAUUGCUUGCGAAGGUUUACAAGGCCAGAACAUCUAGGAAGCAGUGCCAAAAUUAAAUGUAGUGGUUGCCAUAGCUACCAGGAAUCUACCAAACAACUCACUAUGAAGAAAUUACCUAUCGUGGCCUGUUUUCAUCUCAAACGGUUUGAACACUCAGCCAAACUGAGGCGAAAGAUCACUACAUAUGUUUCCUUUCCACUGGAGCUGGACAUGACACCUUUUAUGGCUUCCAGUAAAGAGAGCAGAAUGAAUGGGCAGUACCAGCAGCCAGCAGAUAGUCUAAACAAUGAUAAUAAGAAGAAGGUGGGAGCCUUUAGUAAAGGAUAUGAGAAAUUUCAGGAUUCCUUUUGUAAAGUAGCACUGGCAAUGUAUUCCUUGUUUGCAGUAGUUAAUCACCAGGGAACCCUGGAGAGCGGGCACUAUACCAGUUUUAUUCGGCAACACAAGGACCAGUGGUUCAAAUGUGACGAUGCCAUCAUCACCAAGGCUAGCAUUAAGGAUGUACUAGACAGCGAAGGAUAUUUGCUGUUCUAUCACAAACAGUUCCUGGAGUACGAGUAGCCGUAUGCAGCAGCUCGAGCGAGAAACCUGUAAGGAAGCAAAAGGAAUGGCAGCCUUCUGAAAAGACACACAACCUACCUGAAGUAAAUAUCAAAAACAGACACCCAUUCGACAUCUAGCACUGAGCUGCAACAGGACCUGCUUGCCGCUGGCUCAUGGCCUAGAGGAGUUUUUAAAAAUGAACAAUGCCCACUGUGUAUGCAGUCCCACAGGGACAGAAGAAGAGGAACUGUAAAAGAGGCUACAGUCAGCGACUUUGAGAGAAGAAGUAUAAUAAUGCAAAAGAUGGCUCUGGGUGGGGGAAAUACGGAGCAGAGGAGACCAGGCGCUGGCACGUCUCCUUCUGUUCCUCCGAAACGUGUGUGGGAAGGCCCGGGGGGUGUACUCUCAUCUCCAUCAAGCAUCUUCUCCAUUGGUGCUUCAGCUCCAACUUGACCAAUCAUACAAAGUUAUAAUUAAAAAAAAAUAAAAACCCAAGCCCAUUUUUUUUUUACGCAUAUGGGUCUGAAAGCAGUAAAAUGGAGGAGAAUUGGGACAACGCAACGAAAUGGACUUUGCAAGUACCUUUUUAUUUGUGAAUUUUAGUUAUUAAAUAAAUACAGUAUGAAAUUA